CUCUUCUGGAUUGAAAUGGAGUAAGCGAUCGAGUCAAUUGUAUCAGGGGUCUUUUCGGUCCAAACCGGCACGUUACACUCGAGGGCGGAGAUGGAGACAGGUGGCAAGGCGAGGAAGGGCGCCGGCGGCCGGAGGGGCGGCGGCGGACCUAAGAAGAAGCCGGUCUCUCGAUCGGUGAAGGCCGGCCUCCAGUUCCCCGUCGGUCGCAUCGGCCGCUACCUCAAGCACGGACGCUACGCGAAGCGCGUCGGCACCGGCGCUCCCGUCUACCUCGCCGCCGUGCUUGAAUACCUUGCGGCCGAGGUGCUGGAGCUGGCGGGGAACGCGGCGAGGGACAACAAGAAGACCCGGAUCGUACCGCGGCAUGUGCUGCUGGCGAUUAGGAACGACGAGGAGCUAGGGAAGCUCCUCGCUGGCGUCACGAUCGCCCAUGGAGGGGUGCUGCCCAACAUCAACCCAGUGCUGUUGCCGAAGAAAACCGCCAGCAAGGAGCCCAAGUCGCCGAGUAAGCCCGCCGGCAAAUCGCCCAAAAAGGCUUGAUUUGGAGCUCCAGUUCUCGCCCUUGUUCUUUAUCCGUAAGUAAUUUUUAUGGUAAAAUUAGCUUCUUUUUCCCCCUUUUGUCUGGUGGACUGGUGGAAUGUAAUGUGGAUGACUGAUGUGAUCGAACUAAGCAGUAUUAACCUGUGCAAUCUAGUAUGAUUCUAAUUCUUGUUA